AUGACUCUUUGGCUCUUGCUGUUGGUUGCUUUCGCUUGCGCUGAUCCAUUGGGGGAGGAAAUCUAUAAGAAGUUCGUGGACAUCAGCCGCGUGCUGCAAUUCAAAUAUUCGCCAGAUGCCUUGGAAUAUAUUCGCGAUUGGGUACAGGAGGAUAUCACAGACUGGGCUCCUCAGGGGGAGCAGGCGCUGCGAAAGCACAUCGUCACCUUGAUGUACGGCGACGAUGACGACGAGAAGAUCCGAGCCGUCCUUGUUUACAGCAAUGUUUGCGAGAUGCAAAUGAUGUUGGGCUCUCAGCUCUUCGCAGAUGAGGCUCACGCUAUGCAAACUAACCCCGGCAUCGCCGCUGUCCUUCAUCAAUUGCAUAUCGGCACUGACGAUCAGAAUGCAUACGGACUAGCCGAUGCAGUGCACAAACACUUAAACUCAACUGCAGAUCUGUCGUUGUUUGGAAGUCAGAUGCAGGCUGUGAGGGAUCGCAUGCAAGACCGAAGGGACUCGGAGUUGUGA